AUGGCUGAAGACAGGACUUUUGUCGGCGUUGGCACCAGCCCAUUGCCGUCCCUCGACGACGAAAGCUCCACUACGCAGAAGCCCACCAUAGCCAUCAUGUCCUUUGGCGAAAUGGGUGCUGGCAUCGCAUCGCUUCUGACGUUGUACUCCUACCCUGUGAUCACAAAUCUGGACGGCCGCAGUGAGAAGACGUGGGAGCGGGCAAAAUCGCUCAAUGUCAAAGUGCUACCGUUUGCCGAAAUGCUAGAGGCAGCAUCCAUUUUUCUUUCCAUUGUUCCGCCCGCAGAGGCGUUGCCUCUGGCCAAGAAAGUCGCCAAUGUGUACGCUUCUUCGAGUCCGUUGGCAACGCCCCUGCAAUAUGUGGACAUGAACGCCAUUUCGCCAGAUUUAUGCAAGGAGAUUGACAGUAUUAUUGCCCCGAGUCGAAUCACCUUUAUCGACGGCGCAAUCAUUGGCUUCCCGCCCAAGAUGCUCCAAGACCAGACGUGGUUUCGACCUUCAAUCACCAUCGCAGGUCCGGAGCUUGCCGAACCUUGGACAUCCGAGCUCAAGUCGCUGCUAAAUUUCCGACACGUUGGUAGCGCAGUGGGCGAUGCAAGUGGGCUGAAAAUGUGUUUUGGUGCAAUUUACAAGGGCCACGCCGCCAUAUUUAUACAAGCAUACACCACGGCACACCAAAUGGGUGUCUUAGAGCCUCUACGUAAACACAUGGCAGAGUAUUUCCCAAGUGUGAUUGCCAUACACGAAAGCAGCUUGAACGGCUCACAGCGGAAGGCGUACCGGUGGAUCAAAGAGAUGGAGGAAAUCCGUAUGACUUUUCAGAGUUAUGGUGGUUGGGGCCCUGAAGUGUUUACUGGCGUUGCCGACGUCUUCCGCACUGUGUCGCAAACGGAUCUCGAGAAGCAAUCUCAGAAUUCUGUAGGGGAAAUCACGGAGAUAAUCUGUCAAUCCUUAAUGGAAAGGAAAUAA